AUCUAGGAGAUGGCUUGAUAUGCCUGGUGUUGUUUAUUAGCAAACUCUGACAGAAGAACAGGUGAUUUUCAUGGUGACAAGAGAUCUGAUGGAACCCCAAACUCAGGGGCAGCCGAGAAUGGCCGAAGUAGCUAGCAUAAUUGGCGUGUUGCGUUCCUUGGCGGUGUUUUUUCUGACCAUGGACAUUCAUUUCACAGGUGUGGAGGGUAUAACAGCACAGGAGGUGGCCCAGCAUCUGGAGAUGGGGAAGAAACUGUUAGCCGCAGGACAGCUGGCAGAUGCCCUCAGCCACUACCAUGCUGCCGUGGAUGGAGACCCAUCAAACUACAUGACAUAUUUCAAGCGUGCCACAGUGUUUCUGGCCUUGGGGAAGUCACGUUCUGCGCUGCCCGACCUUGACAAAGUAGUGGAACUGAAACCAGACUUCACAGCUGCCCGUAUCCAGAGAGCAAAUGUGUUACUGAAGCAAGGAAAGCUUGACGAGGCUGAGAAAGAUUACAAGACUGUGAUUGAGAAGGACCCUGAAAAUGCUGAGGUCAAAGGUCACCUGGCUGAAAUUCGUCCAAUGAAAGAAGAGAUACAGACGGCUCAUUACUAUUACGACCGUGGGGACUACGAGGCUGCAAUCAGUAUUUUGUCCAGACUUGUGGAGAUUUGUCCUUGGAAUGCAGAACUACGUGAACUGCGUGCAGAUUGCUACAUCGCCAUGGGUGAAUACAUUAAAGCUAUCGGAGAUGUUAGGUCAACGACAAAGCUACGAAACGACAACACAGCAGCCUAUUACAAAGUCAGUAAACUUCACUACGACAUAGGAGAGGCAGACGAAUCUUUGAUGGAAAUUCGUGAAUGUUUAAAACUGGACCCAGACCACAAGCAGUGCUUUCCACAUUAUAAAAAAGUGAAGAAGUUAGUAAAACAGUUACAGUCUGCUAGAGAACUCUCCAAUGAACAGAGAUUCGAAGAGUGUAUAGACAAAGCCAACCAAAUUUUAAAAACCGAGCCAGAAGUGUUCCCGUAUGUUCUUCGAGCCAAGUCACAUAUAUGCCACUGUCAAUCUAAGAUUGGACAUGUACGUGACGCUGUGAACGCCUGUAACGAAGUGCUACAUAUGGAUCCAGACAAUGUAGAUGCCCUCUGUGAUAGGGCCGAGGCAUUUAUAGCUGAUGAGCAGUAUGAACAAGGUGUUAAUGAUUACCAAAAAGCUCAGGGAAUAGACGGGGAGUCCCGGAAGGUACACGAAGGUUUAAAAAAGGCACAGAAGCUGCUCAAACAGUCUUUAAAAAGAGACUAUUAUAAAAUAUUAGGUGUCAAAAGAAAUGCUAGGAAAAAAGAAAUUAUUAAAGCAUAUAGAAAAUUAGCAGUACAGUGGCAUCCUGACAAGUUUGAAGGUGAUGAUAAGAAAAAAGCGGAGAAGAUGUUCAUAGAUAUAGCAUCCGCAAAAGAAGUCCUAACAGAUCCAGAAAAACGUCAGAAGUUUGACAAUGGUGAAGACCCCUUAGACCCCGAACAGCAACAAGGGGGCCAAGGGGGACCUUUCUGGCAACAGGGAUUUAAUCCAUUUGGCGCUGGGGGUGGGGGAUUCCAAUUUAAGUUUAACUUUAAUUAAGGACACAUUAAAUACAUAUUUUAUAAAGUCUGUCACAUUAUGAGUUUAUUUGUCAUGGUUUUGUUUAAUCUAGAGCCCUUUUCUCACAAAUAGGUAAAGAGAACCCAACCCACUUUCACAAAACAUUGCGAAUCAGUUUUUGUAACUUUCCUCAAAAAUCAUGACACCAUGUGAGGCUGUAAUAUGUGAGUCAUUUACGGAAAGGGCUAGAGAAACGUAAGUAACAAAGUUUUUUGAAAGAGGACCCUGGGGUCUGUUUCUCAACGGCAUUGUAAUGUAACGUCAGUCGCAUGUAGGACAUCACUGUGUGGCAUCAUGGGAAGGGGUGAUUUUACGCACUCUUUGAGAAGCAGCCAUCAAAGAUCCGCCCUGACUGUGAUUAAAAAUGUUUAUAGACAGCAUAUAAUGAGAUAGUUCUGUAUAAGCUGAUAAUUAGGGUUAACUGAAUUUCUGGAAUAGGACAUAAGGUUAGUUUAUUUGUUUAUUUAUUUUGUGUUAGCAAACAUUUUUAUCUUCAGUUAAUGAAAGGCUGUUCCAUAAUGCCUGAAGGUUUUUUUUUUUUUUAACGUCCCUUUUUUGUUUUGUUUUUUUAAUACAGAGAUGAAUCCAAGCACUAUGGACAUUUUUGAUAGGGUUGUUCGUUUUGAUUGAGUCAUUCUUUGUUACUCGGUUUAACCUGGAAAGAAACUUAGAAGAAGAAAAACUCCCUCAGCAGAUUUGCAUUGCUUGGAACAAAGUUUUUGUACUAAUUCAUGUUGUUGACCUCAUUACAUUGUACCCAACAUUGAGAUAAAGGCAUGUUAGAAUUUGUAGUAAAUUCACCUGCUUCUCCUCAGCAAGGCCACCAUUCCAGUGAACUGUAUUUCACUUAGAGUUUGGUAUGUUAAUAUACACUGCCAUGAGCACAUAAUGUGUUUCAUACAAUACUUUUGAUAACAACACUAAUUUUGUUCUGAUAAGAAAUUAAUCAAGCCUCACAAAAAACUGUUAAGUGGCUGUAAAAGGUGGAUGAACCAAUCAGAAUUGAGGAAAACGCCUCGCUUGAGAAAGGCUUAACUUCGGUGAAAUACGGUAAAUCACUGGUCUACAGAAAACAGAAUUGUUGAGAAUUGAUAGUUUGUAGGAUUCGUGGCUCAAGAAUUGUUGCAGAGAUCUUUGUAGAGUUUCAGGGAAAAGCAGACGCUGAAUCUCAGCAAAACGAAGACGUCAAUAAUGUAUAAUACAGUAAGUAUAAAAUAAAACUUUGAAGAAUUUCAGAUACUGUAACAUGUUUGGAUCAUAUUUAGGCCGAUCUGUUUUGCACAUUAAGUCCUGUUGUUCAUGGAAGGGGAUAUGGGUUUGCUGGUCUUCUAUUUUGCUCAAAAACAUUGAAUUUCGAACUGUAGGAUAAGCACUCAUCAAGAAGUGAUAUUUAUGAUUGGCCGAUAAAUAAUUUAAAGACACGUUUAGAAGUUCAGAUGGCCUGAUAUUUUCUUUCCGGAGAGUUUAGUUAUCACUGCUCUGAUUUUACUCUCUAUGCUGUAACUCAUUUUAUGAUAAUGUUAGCGCAUGAUCUUUAUCCUGCUAUUAAUGAAUAAGCCAUUUUUUUAUAACCCAAGACUUGAGUCUCAGACACCGUUUUUUGUGAGUAAAUGGAAAUAGUGAAACUUUAUACGAGCUAAAAAAAUUCUAAAAAUCAAUUUAGUCUUUCGUCAGUUUGAAAUAUUUUUGAAUGCUAAAUUCUGAAAUUCAGAAUGUUGAUUUUCAAGCAUGUAAUAGUGCUGCGUGAAAAGAAAUUUAUACCAGCUAAAAAGUCCAAAAAAUCAGUUUAGACUUUCGUCAUUUUGAAAAUAUUUUUCAACACUAAUUUUAGACUUGAUUUGCAAACAUGUAAUAGUGUUGUGUGAAAAGAAAUCAGAUGCCUUGUGACCGUAAACGAAUCACAACACUAAUUUUGCAGACAACACAAAUUCUUUGACUGGUUUCCCAAAAUUCGACUGAUCUCUUACUUUAUAACAAGGAAACACUCUCUAUUUGGGUUUCAUUAAUUUAUUGUAAAAUAAUAUCCGUCUUUAACGGAGAUUUAAAUUAUGACUAUGGUAUGGAACGGCUUAGUGGACCUGUUAUUGCACAUUCUGUAAGAGGUUUAGUUUGAUAUUUAAUAUUUAUACAUGAAAUGAUAGAACGUAUUAAAUGGUGUGAAAAGGCUGUAUACACAGUGCAGUUUUGGGGUUUGAUGCGGUUAUUGAGUAGAAGAAGUAGGAUUUGACAGAAACAGUGCUUAGGAUCAAGUAAAAUUGAGCUCAAAUGUGUAGUAAGGUUCAUCAGACAGGCCACUGAAAACGAUGCCUAAAAUUUAUCUUUUUAGAUGUUAAAGAGUGUUAAAGACAUUGAAGUGUUUGAAUUCUGUGGUGGGCCUUACUCCUUUAAUACUGGCCUGACUGACAGUGUUUAGGAACUCUGAUGUCACAUGGCAUAUUUCCUUAUGUUCACCAGAAGGAAGGAUUAUUUUAGAACAUUCUUUCAGAGAUUUUUUUACGCAUAUGGAUAAAAUAUCUGCGCGAUCUUCGCCAAGACAGCGGUACCAAUACCAAGUUUUGGCUUUAAUUGCUGCUUGUAUAUUGUGUACACCUAUCUUAUAAUCCGGGUGUCAGUAGUUCCUUCCCAAUAUCAAUGCCAUUUUGUGGGUUAAUUUGCUAUAUUAGAGAGACAGAGCUACCGCUGUAAUUCUGAUAUCAAUACUGUGUUCGAGAUUUAAACCAUUCAGAACGGGCUGCUGACAGAAAAUAUCAGGAUAUGUUUUACAGAUUUUUGUUUUGCCCUGGGUUUAGUCCAGAUAUCAGUGUCAUUGUUUCAUUUUGCUGGGAGUAAGCCAAUCCCGUGUUUGUACGUGCAGUAGCCAAUUCCGCGUCAUUUUUCAUUUUCCAUCUGUUAUAUUUGUACAUCUCAUCAUGUACCCAAACACAAAUGUUUGUACAUAAUAAAUUGUUAUCAUUUAGUAACAAAACAGGUAAAUUGUUAUCAUUUGGUAACAAAACAGAAGCUAACUGUCUGUUGUGUUCUGUGGUUGUUAACGCUAUUGACAUCCACCACAUUGUAACCCUCUUCAGAUGUGUUGGCUUAACGGAUCAACUUGUCAGCUGUUUCCAGGGA